AAAGCAAGAACAUUUUUCAUUCAAUUUACUAUUGCAUUGUAUACGAUGAACGCUGCAACAAAUCGGGAGGUUUUGCAAUUGUAUCGAAAAUUAUUACGAUACGGCAAAGAAUUGAAAUUCACAGAUCAAUCCUAUUUUCGAAGACGAGUUCGCAAGGAGUUCAUUUUAAAUAAGGACUUGGAAUCACAAGCAGAUAUUGAAUUCCAAAUUAAGAGAGGUGAAGCUCUACUGCAGCGGAAGAGAGUAGUUUGAUGUGGUCUAGACAACGACUGAGAUAUGAUUCGCGUAUUCUUUCAUCCACUUUGUCAUCAAUACAAUCAAGUUUUACC